AUGGAGGGAUUAUCACAAAAUGAAAAAAUCAUUUGGUCUUGUUGGGAAGAGAAGUCAUCUAGAGAUGUCGUCAGAGAGGCGGCUGCGAAAGGAACUCAUAUUAACCUGGCUAUUAGGUAUUUAAUGUAUAAAAAUUCUUGGAGUGAGUCUUCUUCGAGGGAUUGGUUUUUAGCUGAGGUUAAAGCAUGGACAGUCCAGUUGCUCGUUAGAAAGCAAAUAUUCAAAGUUCUUCACAUCCUAAGCAAAGUAAAUAUAAACCCUGAAGAUCACUUAAUGACACUUGCUGCUACUUCUUCUGAAAUAGAAUACAGAGACUUUAUUGUAGAGCAAAUAGAGAAAAUCUCAAAAGAUAUUGUAUUUCAAAAUACGGAUAGGUGGUUAAAUUUUAAGAGACAUUGGAAUUUGCUCAGAUUUUUGGAAAAAUCCUUUGAAGUUGAUGGUACUUUCAAACAAAAUAAGGUAUUUGGUGAAGGCAAUGAAAGAGUUUUUGUAAAUGAGAGUGAAAUAAAAUCUCUUACAAUAGAGAAAAUUGAAAAAUACCCUACACAAUGGAAAAGUAAAAUUGCUACAGCAUUAUUUUUCAACACAUUUGAAUUUUCAUUACUGGACUUUUCUUCACCAAGUCUGAUGUGGAGUUAUCUUUUGGAAAGAAAUAAGGCAAUGAUUCUUGUUCGUUGGAUUAAUGUGCAGACUUCUGAAGUUGUUCGUGAUAUGAAUGCUCGAUACAAUUUUUUUAAUAAUGAAAACUUUGUAAGAAAAUUGUUGAAUGUAGAUACUAAAGGAUUCAGUAAUGAUGUACUUGCCAAUUUAGAUAAAGUUUUUCGUUCUUGGCCUAUAACAAAUGAAAUGAUUGAAAGUGUUGCAAAAAGUAAUUGUUUUGCAUACACUAAACUGUGUAUUUAUGACACAUUGUGCUCUUAUGGCAUAGUGAAUGAAGAUGAAUGUAAAAAUUUAUAUUUAAUUAUAGCCAGAUUAGCACGGACACAGAAUUUAAAGCAAAUUGAUGAUAUAUUCACUGAGUCUUGUGCUACUGUAAGUAAACAAGAAUUUUAUGUUGAGUUGGCAAAGUAUUGUGUGAAAAAUAAACUCUACAAUGUCUUAACUAUGUGUGUUGAAGGCCACAUAUUAGACACAGAUUUGUCUGAAGUGGAGCAAGAAGCUAGAGAUUGCAUUGAAUUGUGGUUAUUGUUUAAGAGUAUUGAACAGACCUCUGAUAGGCAAAGUCAUGUUGUACCUGUGUACAAAACAUGCCAACAAAUAGCCAAAGAUGAUAUAGAUAAUUAUAUUUCUUCGAAUCCCCAUUUGGUUCUUGGUAUGAUAUUACUGGAGGAUGAUGCAAACUUAUUUGACAUAUUUUCAAAGAUGGACUAUUUACAGUUUAAAGACUUUAAAUUGCCAAAUAAAGGCUACAAGCACAAGCUGCCACAUUUGUAUAAUGUUUAUAAGAAAUUUGCAGGUGGAAAUCGAAUGUACGAUGCCAAAGAUGUUAAUGUUUAUCAAUUGCUAUCGGGUUAUCGUGGUUUGGACGUCUCGAAAAUAUUCGAAUUUCAGUUAAUUAAUCAAAACACAAAGAGUUUGAUCAGUGAGAAAACAGAUAGGAGGAGUUUAGGUAGCCUCUUAUCAAACAAUGUGGAUGUAGGAGGGGGAAUUAAAGCCUUGUCUCAAAGGUCAAUAGAUAUGCCAGAUUUUGCAAAUGAGAAACUGAUAAAGAGGUACGGAUAUGUUGCAAAGUUGAAUCAUGUUUACUACUUGAAACAAUAUCGUCCAUGUAAUGCUAGUCAGGCAUUUGUAGCACAGCAAUAUCAGACCUAUAAUCGCUUACAAGAUAAAAGUAUUAAAAGUGCUUGUUGUGAAGCUCAUGCUUUGGCCCUUCAGAACUGGUCUGAUCCAGCAAUGGCUGCAUGUGGUGUUUCAUUUGUAGCAAUGAUUGGAUGUAACCCCACAAGGUGUAGGGUUCACAUGUCGGCAGCUAAGAUGAUAAAACAUCAUUUAAUGACAUAUAAAAAUCUUCCCGAAGAAAAAGCAAACAAAAUCGUCAAUGAAUUUAUGUCUAAACUUAUCCAAAGUAAUGAUCAAACAGCGAGAGACAUUUUGCAGUAUUUGGAAGAAAUUACUUUUUACAAGUUGAGACAAAUACAACAAUCUGAAGGGAAAUUUGACAUGGCUAUAGUUCUAUAUGAAUCGCAAACCAUGGUAAAGUUUGCAAUACUUCACAAUCUACCACUACCUGAAAUGCAAUUAAGAGAAUUUAUAAGGAAAAAUUCCUGGUUUAAUUUUUUGUUAUUUGGUGAUGUCUUCAGAUAUCCAUUAACACAGAUGUUGCAACUAUCGCAAGAAUUUGAAAAACAAUCCUAUUCAGAACAUUUAAAAUAUAUUAUGUUACACAAGAGCAAUGAAGAUGAAAAAGAUUUCAAGUCUGUUUCAAGUAAUGGUCAGAGAAGAUUAUCCCGACUAAAUUCCUUGGAGGUGAGUCCAACUCAAAGCGUGACAUUUGAUUUCCCAUCAAGUGUGUACAUGGGUCGCGAGUUGUGGGAGGUGGCUGCGUCCUGCCAUGGGCCUGAGGAUCCGCCGGCAGCGCUGUUACGGGCGGCCGAUGUCUGCCGUGAACCACUACUUGUCCUUAUCGCUAGCUGUUAUGAGCCGAACGCAGUGGAUGUGCUCUGGGCGCAGUGGGUCCUUGCGUCGAUAGAUCCGGGAGAACGAAGUCGAGAAGCGUUGCAAUUGGAAAUAUCUCAUCAACCACUCCCAGAGCAAUUCCAGACAAUCGCCAAAGUGUGCUUGGUCGAAGGUUACAUCGCCACACUUCACGAGUCCAUGCUUGUGUUCAUGCCGGAAAAUCCACUUACGCUGCUCACUUCUUUUUUGUUCCGAUGUAUUCGGCUGCGUACAUUUGACGGUGAAACCGGCAGGACCCUGAGUAACUUUCUCCAGAAAUGCCAACGUAAAUACAGUUCGGACUCGGCCGGCAUGCCUUGGCACAUGUCCAAAGAAACCUUACAAAAGAUUGCUGUUAACUUGGUCAAAAUCACGCUAAGCCACAGUUUUGAUAGCGCUUUCCAUCAAAGGGAAUUUCUUAGGUGCUUAGCUAACAACCAGUUCGAAAAAGGCUUAAUAGUACCAUCGCCAAAUUUUGCAACUCUCUACGAAAUAAUUCGAAUAUCAAUGCAAACUUCACUUGUGGUUAACAUACAGAAAUUGUUACUAGACGAAUGUGAAGGAUACUUGGCAGAGUGUAUUCGGAUGUAUACAGAUAACAGAAAAUACGACGUGGCUCUUAAAAUUUCCAAGCUCGCAGGGUUGCCAGUCAACGAUAUCUUAAAAGCCGAAUGGGGUCAUAAACACGAAAUGUUGUUUUCGAGAGAGUUCGAAGUGGAGGACAAGGACUUGACUCUUUUCAUAGCAGAGAGUAGUGAAGCUUUUAAAAAAGCAGCAGUUUCUUUUAAUGCGGCAACAGAAUUUCUCAUACAACAUGCCAGCGCCAUAACGGAUCCCAUUCAGAAAUUUUACGCCUACAGAAUAAUUAUGAGUUGGUUUGAAGAAAACCUGGAAUAUGGAGGGAAACGUGAGGAGAUAGAGCACCUUAUGUGGCAUUCAUAUUUCCAAAUUGAAAAUCAAGAUAACGUCUUUCUCAAUAGUUACCAAAGCAUUCUGUAUUUUGUACUCACUGGGCAAAAAGAUCGCACCCUGUCCAAAAAGAUAGGAUCUAUGAACACUGACAAGCCAUUUUCAGCGACGCUACACGAGAUCGAAGUGGAAUCGGACUUGGGAAACAUCGAGAACGUAGUUACGUUGGAGGAACCGGACGCGAUAGAUAAUUGGAGGAGGGUCGUUAAUCAACUGUUAGAACUAAAACUGCUGGUUGAAGCGUUUCGAUUGUCCGCUUUAUUUAAAACCCCCCCAGAAUACCGGUACAGGACUCCUACUUGUCCAGUACAUAUUAUAAGGACCUGUCUCAGACUGGCGGAAGGCACUUGCUCUCCGUAUGAGCUACCGCAGGAGCUUCGCUUAGUGAUAUCCUCACCGUCAUUACAAAAUAAACUUACAGUCUCGGAGACCUCGGAGACGAGUUUUGAGGAGCUGGUAGUUAUCCAGGAACGGCAGGACAUAGCGUCUGUGGGUGUGCCUCAGCUGGCCGCUCGCGAGGAGGCCGACAGACUCGCUGUUUUAGAUGCACUUGCAAUUCGAAGUGGCCUCUCACUCGCUAAACAGAUUGGAAGCUACUUCCGCAUCGCACUUCAAAUUGGCUGGGAUUACAUCUCUGUGCUGAAAUAUCAAAAUCGCCCAGUAGAUUUUAUUAAUUUAGUUAGCGGGAGAGCUCGCAUGUCUUUGGCCAAUCUUGUUUUUCGCACGUUCAAUGUUCCAUCGAAACAGGUCGCCGAGUACCUUUGCCUAGAGAUGGUGGCAGCAAUAAUUUCACCACAUCUUGUGAAGACAUCAACAUUCAGACAAAAAGAACAUUUUCAGUACACUCUUUGGGGUUAUGUUCUCAAUUCAGACAUUGAAAUGUUUUUAAAUAUGAGGCCGGAUGCCUGUAGUCAUAUUGGAAGACUUAUUCUUGACCAUUUAAUGGCAUUCCAAAAGAUAUAUAAAGCUACUAGUGCGUUCAAAAUACCAGAGAAUGUUCUAGACGACAGUUGUUUGGAUGUGGAAACUUUAAUAGAUGAGGAGUACCAAAACGUUGAAAAUGACGAAGUAGAAUCAGUUUUGACCGAAGAAGGCACGCUUUUGUCCGCUGAGACAGAAUCCGUGUACUCCGUGUCAACUGUAUACACAAUUGGCAAUAAGCUGUCGAAGGACACCAGGCGGAACUUAUUCGACGCGAUAUCGAGAAGCAACGUCCACAUACGCUACGAAGUAAAAUCGAAUGUGAGGAGGAUAACGAAGGGCGCCAAGUUGUCUACGAAACAGGUGAACAUAAUCUCGAUAGAGCUGCUGGUGGUCGCGCACGAGUGCUUCUCGAGCGCGUGCGACACGGAGGGCGUGGCGACGGUGCUGCGCUCGGCGCAAGCGCUCGCCGCGCGCCUGCUGGCCGCGCGCUCCUGGCGCCUCAUGGUGCGCCUGCUCACCGGCUUGGCGCGCUACACCGAGUGCGCGUACGUGUUCCAGGCGCUACGAGACCAUCAUCAGUUCGAGUUUCUUCUCGGGCAGUUUGACUACAUGCUCGGUCAACAACCGGACAAAAUCGCAGAAUUUAAACACGGCUUACUUGAUUUUCUAAAAACUCACUGCCCGGGCGACACUGAAACCUAUAUAAUGGUAGCUCUACACUUCAACAUGUACGCAGAGGCAGCAAGUGUCAAGAAAAAGCAAGCUUUAAAUCUAAUAGAUGAUUUGGAAAAGAUAGCCAUGGAUGAAGCUAGGGCGAGUUCAAAGAAAGCUGUGCAACCAGUUUGGGUUAUGAUCCACGAUAAUGUCUCCACGCGGACACUACUUGAUACGGCGUUAAAUCAUUGCACUGAUGCAGCCGAGUUGUAUUUACAAGGCGGAUGUACGGGUUUUGCGGGAGAAAUGGCCACCCUAGCGCAGCAAAUAGCAUUGCAAAUAUCGUUGCUGAAUGCGUCACCGACCAGAUUAAUUCUUAACAGGAGCACUGAACAGAUGUACAAUCUUGUCAGUGAGUAUCUGAGUUUCAUGGAAGGCUUGGUGCUAUUGGCGGGGCGUGGGGGAGAGGCGUGGCGUGAGUUGGCUUAUCGACGCGCUAUGACCAACGACCAGGCCUUCUUGAGGGAUAUGGCCACAUACAGACCCGACGUUGCGUACGAUUUUAUAAACAGGUAUAAGACGGAGAAAAAGAAAACAUCUGUUUCACAAGCUGCUAUGACGGAGCUCCGCAACCUAAUUAGAUGA